ACAAUCGAUCCCUUUCAGUCUCGAGUUUCUUUCGAGCAAAGCCAACCAUGCUGUUCCACGUGACCUAUAGGGGAGUUCUCACGGUGAUUUUAGCCCUUCAGAUGGUUUGUUCGCAACCGGAGGAGGCGUUUCCAAAUAUUUUAGGAGGCAUCGAGAAUGUUGCGAACACUGCCUCCAAUUUUCUGACGGGACUCAUGCAACGACAGAAAGCACUGAUACACCGCGUGACGGACACGGCCACCGACUACCUUACCAGCGCAGUGGAGAAGCCUAAGACCCUGUUGAUAGACGCCACCAGAGUCACCACAGGCUAUAUCGACAGUGCAGCUUCCAAGGGCCUGGAAUUCAAGCUGAGAAGAGUUUUGGAGAAGUUUCGUGCCAGGAUGCCAUAUGGUAUACCAGAACUGGAUAUUCCACCUUUGGAACCGCUUCACCUUGACCAUAUCGACAUCGAGAUCGAUAAUCCUGACAUAGGGAACGUGUCUCUCAUCAUAGAUGACUUAAACCUGCACAAUCUGUCGACCUUCGUGAUCAACAAGGCGAAACUAUCGCUUAUCGGGCCGACUAUUACAGCCAACGUGACCAUCCCACGAAUCCACGUGGAGGGCUUUUACAAUAUAUCCGGGAUGCUCGGAAAAAUGGUCGCACUGAACGGUUCUGGCCCCUUCCAGGCGAACGUAUACGACUUCCAGUUGUACGUGAACACUAUGCUAGGCUUUUCGAGAGGAGUGUACCUGAAGACCUUCGACAUAGACUUCUCGCUGAAGUCCAUGGACGUCGCUCUGGAGAACUUCAUGAACGACGAAGAAUUGAGCUCCGUAAUGAGCAAAGUCUUUCAAGAACUGACACCCAAGGUGGUGGACGUCAUUAAGCCGGACGUACUUCCCGGUAUCAGAAGCUAUAUAGGAAACAGAAUUAACGAGACCAUUCACGACCUCACCAUAAGGGACGUAAUUAGCGUACUUGUGGGCCACAACGAAAUUCGAGAGUUUGCUGAUCUCUUAGUGCCUUAGUAUUAACAUGAAAACGUACUUAAUUCGGACUAAUAUUUAAUUGAAAAGAAACAAAAUUCUUCGAACUAAUAAC